CGUGAGAUGCUUCCUGUUAUGUUUAAUGGCUGCUAAAGGAGGGGAGUGUUCAGCAGUGCAGUCUGAAUUUCAUUCAAUAAGCUUCCAAGAUGCAGAAAAGGAAGAAGAACCAACAUUCAUAGAACAACCUCCUGAUAGAUUCAAUUGUCUAAUAUGUCAUUGUGUGAUGAGAGAGCCUCAUAUUGUCAUGUGCUGCUCUAGGAAGAUGUGUCGUGACUGUAUACAACGUGUGCAUAUUUCAAGUCAACCUUGCCCCUAUUGUCGUGAGCCUAAUUUCAAUAGUUUCUUAGAAAGACAGCUCAACAGUGAGAUACUUGACUUGAAGGUUCGUUGUACACACCACUACAAUGGAUGUGAGUGGGUGGGAGAGUUAAGAGAUCUAAAGAAACACACUAAUCCAGUGGAUGGCAGCUGUAGGUUUGUUAAAGUAAAGUGUCCUUUUGGUUGCCCUGUGGUAUAUCUUCGUAAAAAUGCGAUCGAUCAUGAAUCCAUCUGUACUAAUUUGCCACCAGAGAGGCAGGUUAAGAGAAUAACCGAACAGUUUAAAGACGAAUUACAAGCUACACUAAAUCAAUUUCAAGAGUUGUAUAAAUCAGAAUCAGCACGUGUUAAAGAGUUAACCACUCAACUUGAGGCUCUGAAAGAAAGUCACAAAAAAGAGCAACAACACCAAGAGAAAAUGAAGUACCAGUUUGAAGCAGAGAAGAAGCAGCUACUGGAAGAAUCAAAGCAACAGAUUGCACUGCUAUCGGAGAGCUUAAGAGCUGAAUUUGAUCAACAAAUGAAGAUUAAAAAUGAAGAGCAUCAACAACAAAUGAUGCAAAUGCAGAAAGAGUUUGAAAAGAAAGAAAGAGAAAGGUCAGAAGCUGUUAAUAAGCAAUUAGCUGAAUUGAAGGAAAAAAAGGACAAAUUGUCUAGAUCUACCGAAUUAAAGGAGCUUCCUCAAGAUGAACACAAACCAAGAAUGGAAGAAAGCAAAGAAGAAUCAAAAGAUAUUUAUCAUAGUAGGACCUUUUUUGGUCUUAGCAAAGAUGUCCUUCUGCUUAUGCCUAAAGUUCGUGAGGAUUGCUCUAAGAAUAUGCAAUUCUUCCCUGAGGAAAGAAAAGUAGUCGUUUUAGCAUCUUCGGAGGAAGAGAAGGAGCAAUGUGUAACGCAAUUUCAAAAUACAUAUCAAGAAAUCAUUAAAAAUCGUCAGUUGAAGUCCGGCAGUCUUGAAAUACCACCUGCAUUUCAAAUGGAAAACAUGUUUGAUAUAAUAGAAGAGUUUGAUAGCAAUUAUAAUCAGUGUCACUUCUCAUGUGAUGAAAAAGCUCGAAUGGUUAGGAUAGUAUCAAUGUCAUCACGUCAAUUUGAUCAGGCAAAGAAGCUACUAGGUGAUCGGCUGGCAGGAGAGAAAUUCGAAGAGAAAACAGGAAAAAAGAAAGAAGAGCAAGGAGGCAAGGCUGCAGGGGCUACUGGAGUUAAAAUAUCAACCAAAACUGGUUCAUUUGAAGUAUUAUUAAUCAAUGAAGGUCGUUGGCUUACGGUAAAAAGAAGCAAUUUAGUGGAAGAAGAGGUUGAUGCAAUUGUCAAUGCUGCUAAUUCCAGAUUAGAGCAUGCAGGAGGAGUAGCAGGAGCUCUCAAUAAAGCAAGUAAUGGAGAGUUGCAGAAAGCAUCUGAUACGUAUGUUAGGAAUUAUGGUCAAGUCCUAGUUGGAGGAGUUGCAGUUACCAGUGCUGGAGGAAAGUUGAAGUGUAAACGUGUGAUACAUGCUGUUGGUCCUACAUUCUCGCGGCAAAUGACAGACUUUCAAUGCUCACAGCUCAUAUGUCAAGCUAUUACUAAUUCCCUUGUUGAAGCAGAUAAAAUGAAAGCAGUAUCGGUAUCAUUCCCAGCAUUAAGUACAGGAAUAUUUGCAGUUGAUAAAUCAUUAGCUGCUGAAGCUAUAAUUCAAGCAAUAACCAAGUACCGUUAUACCAGUAGCAAGUUAUUGACAGAUAUUCGUAUCGUUAUAUUAGAUGAAGAAACCUACUCCGUAUUCGCCCAACAUUUAGUAGCUGUAAAAACCCAACCUUCCAAAAUGGAGCUACCUCCAUCUAUGAAACCAAAGCAAUAUAGGAUGUUCAGAGUUUCUAGUAAAUAAAUUAUAAAUUUAUG